GGACUAACCACACCUGCGAGUGAUUGAUUACACAGUCAACAACAUCGCUGUAUACAAACAAUCAUGCUGGCAAGGAUUGUUUUGGUACUCUGUUUGGCAGCUUUGGCAAGUGCAGCUGUUAUCCCUGGUGGCUCUAAAGAGCCAAAAUGCUCUGAGUACUACUUGCCCAUAUGUACCCGGGAAUAUAACCCCGUGUGUGGUACUGAUGGAGUCACAUACCCCAACGAAUGCAUGCUGUGUUUGGGGAAUAUGGAGGACGAGGUCAACACCUUAAUCUCCAGGAUGGGUGAAUGCUGAGACCAAUCCACUCAUUUAUAUUAUCUAGAUGUGACAUGAAGGCUGGAACCACAUGCAGUUUUUUUUUUUUUUAAAAUGGUUUUAUCUUAAGAUAAAGUGUUUCCCCACUGUUAUGUGUCCUUUUUAAAACGAUCAUUUAAUAAAACCUUCAUAUAGAAGUCA